CUGCGGCGAAGCCCCGCCCCUCCCACAAUCAACAACUGGAUUCAAGCUAUUUGUAUUUUCGCCAGCUAGCACUGCUAGCUUGCUAACGAUGAUACGCUGCGUCCGAGAGAGAAAAAAAAAAGCGAGUUAGGCUAUCUUAGUCGACCGAGUGUUUGUUCGUAUUAGUUUGAAAACCCGGCAGUAUUUUGGUCUUGUCGCCUAUGCAACCCGAAGGACUGACGGCAGUGGAGAAAUCGACUGGCGCACCGUUUUUUUUUAGCCGUUCCCGAAAGCUAAGCCCUGAAGACCAGGCUAGCUGGUUGGCUGACAGUUGAUACGGCUAGUUUUGUGACUUCAGCGAUAUCGUAGGUGAGCUUUGGUUGAUGAAACGAUGAGUCGCCCCUGACACCGAGGGUACCGAGGCCCUGCUGGUUGUCACGUUGGAGUAAUCAGAGCCCAUUACUGAGAAGAUCUGCCAAUAUGAUGCCGAUGAUAUUGACGGUGUACCUUAGUGAUGGCGAACAGGCUGCUACCGAAGUACCAAUCACACCGGAGACAACGUGUCGGGAUGUGGUCGAGUUCUGCAAAGAGCCCGGUGAGAGCGGCUGCCAUCUGGCUGAGGUCUGGAGAGGCAACGAGCGAGCGAUCCCUUUUGAGCACAUGAUGUAUGAACAUCUUCAGAAGUGGGGACCCCGAAAACAAGAAGUUAAGUUCUUCCUCAGGCAUGAAGAUUCACCAACCGAGGGCAGUGAACAAGGGAGUCAACCAUCUCAGGAUCAAACAACACACAGAAGUGGAAAUCCUGGAGAGAAGCACAAUGAGAACGGGGUGGGGAAUCAGCGUGUGGAGCUCACACUGUCAGAGCUGCAAGAGAUGGCUACACGCCAACAGCAACAAAUAGAGGCUCAGCAGCAGAUGCUGGUCGCAAAGGAGCAGCGGCUGCGUUACCUGAAGCAGCAGGAGCGGCGUCAGCAGCAGACCGUGUCGGAGAGUGAGAAGCUGCAAAGGCUGAAGGAACGUGUGGAGAGCCAAGAGGCAAAGCUCAAGAAGAUUCGGGCAAUGAGAGGCCAAGUGGACUACAGCAAGGUCAUCAAUGGCAACCUGUCAGCAGAGAUCGAGCAAGUUAGCGGCCUGUUCCAAGAGAAGCAGGCUGAGUUGCAAGCGGCGGUGCUGAGGGUGGAGCAGCUCAGCCUGCAGCUGGAAGACCUGCGCAGGGGCAAACUCAACGGCAUCCAGACGGGCCUGGGUGGCCAAGUUACCGGCGCAGCAGCCCUGGAGCUCCGUAAGCUGUACCAGGAGCUUCAGAUUCGGAACAAGUUGAACCAGGAGCAAAACAGCAAGCUGCAGCAGCAGAAGGAGCUUCUGAAUAAGCGCAACAUGGAAGUGACGCUGAUGGACAAGCGCAUCAGCGAGCUGCGAGAGCGCCUCUACAAGAAAAAAGCUGAGGCACGUCAAAAAGAGAACCUUCCUCUGAAUAGAGCCAAUGGGCCUCCCUCUCCCCAGCCAGUUCCUGGCACUUUGGGUCGUGUUGCAGCUGUUGGGCCAUAUAUCCAGGUUCCUGUACCAAGUCGACAGGAUGGGGGCUACACCAUGCCACCAGAUCCACUGAAGCCUCAAACUUUAAGUGUUAAUAACCAAGCUAACCAAGGCCGCCCCAAAUCAGACGGUGUGCGAAAGCCUCACGGCCCUUGGAAAGUGUCCGAUUUAGACAUCAUUGUGGACCCGGUUUCCCAGUCCCUCCCAGAAUCGCACCCGGGCCCUGGAGCCUCCACUGGCUCUGACGGCACGUCCCCUAAUGACACUGGUUGGCCAACUGUGGGAAAGGCCAGCACCACUCUAAAGCCUCCUGAGAGGAGAGACUCAGGGACCGACACCCAGGGAAAGAGUCCUACCUCAGGCUCCCCCAUCACUCCCAGUGCAGAAAAGGUGCUAGAUUCCAAAAUCCCUAGCUCCUCUCCGGCCAUACCCAAGCCACAGCCACCACCAUAUGGAUCCCACCUCACCUCCUCAAACACAGCCAGCUCCCUGGAGCGCCGCAAAGAUGCGCCUCCCCCUCGCCCACUCCCAAACCCACCGGCCCCCGCAUGGCCCCGCGCCCCGCCCCCCACAGGCUCAUCCUCCCAGCAGAUACAGCAGCGUAUAUCAGUGCCACCAAGUCCCACCUUUCAGCCCAACACUCCCCUUUUCCCUCCCGGGCUGAGCGAGCGUUUGGACCCUCCACCAGCUGUGGCGGUGCGCCCCUUCAUUCCAGAUAGGGGGUCACGGCCUCAGUCGCCCCGUAAGGGCCCACCUACUGUAAACUCCAGCUCCAUUUAUCACAUGUACCUCCAGCAGGCAGCACCAAAGAGCCAGCCGCUCAAGCCUGCACUUAAAGCAGUGUAUGGGAAGCCUGUCCUCCACCCCAGCUCGACACCUCCAUCGCCUCUGCCUUUCGUCCAGACAGGAGGGGCCUUCCCAUUGCUCCAAGUCCAGCCGGGUGGUGACGAUGCGUUAGAUGGAGAAUUUGAUGAUCAUGAGAGCUUCCAGCACCUGGAGCCGUCAGCACCUCCACCCAGUGUGGAGAACAUCCCACGACCACUGAGCCCUACAAAGCUAACGCCUAUGGUACAUUCUCCACUGCGCUACCAAAGUGACGCAGACCUUGAAGUGCUCAGGAAAAAACUGGCAAAUGCUCCAAGACCACUCAAGAAGCGCAGCUCCAUCACAGAACCCGAGGGUCCCAGCGGACCCAACAUUCAGAAGCUGCUGUACCAGAGAUUCAACACGCUAGCAGGAGACAAUGGAAACCUCCUGUCUGAGACGCCGUUGGCACCGCCACCAGGAGAGGAGGACGGGGGUUCUGAGGCUCCAGCCAAAACAGCGGAUCCCAACGACAAUGAGCCAGUGCCCCCUCCGCCACAAGGUCCCGUGGAUCCUGCUGAGGCAGAGGGACCAGAAGAUGACAACAACAACAAUGUGGGAGGCUCUGAGGCGUCUCUGCCCAGCCCUGUUCCAGAAGUCAGCACUCCGGAGGAGAGCGGCGUGGCAGUCUCACAACAGUUGGAGAAGCGCACAAACCUUAAGAAGCCGAACUCUGAGCGCACUGGUCAUGGCUUCAGGGUGAAGUUUAACCCUUUGGCCCUGCUGCUCGACGCCUCGCUGGAGGGAGAGUUUGACCUGGUUCAGAGAAUCAUCUACGAGGUGGAGAAUCCCAGCACUCCAAACGAUGAGGGGAUCACCCCACUGCACAACGCAGUGUGUGCAGGGCACCACCACAUAGUCAAGUUCCUGCUGGAUUUUGGUGUGAAUGUUAAUGCUGCUGACAGUGACGGAUGGACUCCUCUUCACUGUGCCGCCUCCUGCAACAGCGUCCAUCUCUGCAAGCUGUUAGUGGAGUCAGGGGCCGCCAUCUUUGCCAGCACCAUCAGCGACGUGGAGACUGCUGCAGACAAGUGCGAGGAGAUGGAGGAGGGCUACAUUCAAUGCUCCCAGUUCCUUUAUGGAGUCCAGGAGAAGAUGGGUGUAAUGAACAAGGGGACAGUGUACACUUUGUGGAACUAUGAAUCCCAGAAUCCAGAUGAGCUUUCAUUUAAGGAGGGGGACGCCAUCACCAUUCUGCGACGACAGGACGACAGUGAGACGGAAUGGUGGUGGGCGCGGCUGGAGGCCAACGAGGGCUACGUGCCCCGCAACCUGCUGGGGCUCUACCCUAGAAUCAAACCUCGUCAGCGCUCUCUGGCGUAGUCUCACUGCUCUGAGCUGCAGCUCACAGCUGCACAAGAGACACAACCAAGAGCUGAGGACAACGGAGGAACCCGGUGCUCUGCCUUCUCCCUGUGGCCAUAACCCUCUCUGACCCUUUGCUUUCACAAAACCCUUCUCUUUGAAGCAGAGGACACUAAACUCUGACACACACUUGCAUCUGAACACACAAGCACUACAAAGUCUCUUAUAUGAUCCCCAUCCUUUUUGCCCCGCCUCAGACCGCCACCUUCCAACUUAGGGCUCUGUCACUCUCCUGACAUAUGCCAAUUUGAAGAUUAAAACACUACCCCUUGUCUCAGUAUUUCUUGCUGUGUUCACACUUCUUCAGCCAUGUUCAUCUCCCUGUAGUGGUACUGGUUUACAUACUAUAGUAACUGGAAGUUCAUCUUUAAGGAUGAGAAGUUGCUGAUUUUUGUCAGUGAAUUGUAAUUUGAGUUGUUGGAAGUAUUUUUUAUGGCCAAGUUUGUCCCCUUAAGGGAAAAAAUAUAUAUUGCUGGAAAACUGACUGUAGCCGAACCACCAAAGAUUAAUAUAAAUUUUAAGUUUAAUUCUAUAAGUCCCUAGAGCUUGCAGGUAUUGAGAGAUAAUCCAUUGGUUUGCUGCUAUUGAAAAUUAUGAGUGGGAGUUGAAGCCCCUUUAGAUAAUCUUAAGGAGCAGAAAAUAUAUAUUUAAGUGGGGAACAGAUCAUGUACAUUCUCAGUAUUACCCACUGAGGGCAGUUAAAAGAAUUCCAGUUUAUAAAAGAAAAAGGUUGUGGAUGGACAGCUCAAACAUCGUCAUGAGUUCCAUUUCAUUUCAAGACAUGGGGAUUUUUUUUUUCUUAAAUUUUUUGUCACCUGUUCAGAUUCCGGAUGCAGGAGUAUUGUGGAUGUGUGACAAGAGCAUUAAUAAAUUGUAAGCUAGCCUUUGAACAAUACGUUCUCUGUCUCUAAUGUGAUUUGAAUGCAAAAACACUGUUUAAAGGAGCA